UUUCACACAUAAUAGGAGACAAAAUUGUCGUUAAUCUUUUUCUAUUAUGGGAACAUGAUAAAGUUGUAACAUCGUUGUGAACAACAGGCGAACAACGAAGAAGAACAAAUUUUUUGCAUUAUAAAUACAUGCAUUCCUUCUGAAAUCCAAUCCAUUCCAACAACGAAGAACAAGAAUUUAAAAUGGCAACUGGCGAUCUUCUCAAAAUCUAUGCUGACCGUCUUUCUCAACCUUCCCGUGCCGUCAUCAUUUUCUCCCAGGUUAAUGGAAUCCAAUUCGAGGAGCAGAAGAUUAAGCUUUUCUCUCCUGAUGUUCAAAAGCCAGAUUUCAUAGCCGCGAAUCCAUUGAAGAAAGUUCCAGCAAUUUCUCAUGGCAACUUCACUCUGUUCGAGAGCCAUGCCAUUCUGACGUACCUUGCUUGCUGGUUUCUAGUACCUGAUCACUGGUAUCCGUCCGAUCUUCGUAAGAGGGCUAAAAUUCAAUCCGUGUUGGAUUGGCAUCACUCAAACUUACGCUAUGGCUCAACUAGAUACUUGAUGAACACAGUGUUGGCACCUUUUCUUGGAAAAAAACCAAACCUAGAAGCUGCAGCCGAGUAUGAACUCAAGUUAGGGGAAGCCUUUUCUACCAUUGAAACAUUGUGGCUCAAGGACGAUUCCAAGUUUUUGCUGGGAAAUGUACAACCUUCUGUUGCUGAUCUUUCCCUUGUCUGCGAGACUAUGCAACUUCAUAUGUUACCUGAGGAAGAUACGAAGAGGAUUUUAGGACCACAUAAGAAAAUUCAACAAUGGGUUGAGAACGUGAGAGAGGCAACCAACCCGCACUUUGAUGAAGUUCAUAAGCAUCUAUUCGAUACUAUUGCCAUCUUUUACAAGAAGGCUUAAAUUUAUAGUAUUCUAUUCUAUUCUUAUUACUUCUUUUUUAUUUAUAAGUUUACAUCAUAUAAUUUAAAAAAAACUAUUAAUAUGGUGCUUUCUUAUAGGGAGGAAAUAUUUAUUUUCUGUAUAAACCUAAGAAUGUUUUGUAUAUAUUAUUAUUUCAUUCCGAUUGAAUAAACGUACGGUUCUUUGGAUUGCAAA